AUGACUUCUCUAAGCUUUUUUCCAAUGUUGUCAUUCCUGUUUUUCCUUAUUUUUUCGUUCUCGUGGGUAACUUCAGCUCACACUCACGAGAGUUUUCUUCAAUGCCUUGAUUCCCAAAACUCCCACUCCAUUUCUAAGCUCAUUUACACCCCAAUCAACUCCUCAUAUUCAUCAAUCUUGCAGUUUUCUAUUCAAAAUCUCAGGUUCAACACAAGUUCCACCCCAAAACCUCUAGUUAUUGUUACUCCCACCAACAUAUCCCACAUUCAAGCUGCCAUUAUUUGUUCCCAGAAGCAUGGCAUGCAAAUAAGAAUUCGAAGUGGUGGCCAUGAUUAUGAAGGUCUUUCUUAUGUUUCUACGUUCUCAUUUGUGGUAAUUGAUCUAAUCAAUCUUCGAACAAUCAACGUUGACGCGGAGAAUAAAACUGCAUGGGUUCAAUCUGGGGCGACAAUAGGCGAGGUUUACUAUAGAAUUGCUGAGAAAAGCAGAACUCUUGCUUUCCCAGCAAGUGUUUGCCCUACUGUAGGUGUUGGUGGACACUUCAGUGGAGGAGGGUAUGGCAUGUUGAUGCGUAAUUAUGGCCUUGCCGCAGAUCACAUAAUUGAUGCACAAUUAGUUGAUGUUAAAGGUAGAAUUCUCGACAGAGAAUCAAUGGGAGAAGAUCUAUUUUGGGCCAUCCGAGGUGGUGGAGGAAAUACUUUUGGUGUGGUUAUUGCUUGGAAAAUAAGUCUAGUCUCAGCUCCACCUACUGUGACUGUUUUCAAUGUUCAAAGAACACUGGAACAAAAUGCUUCCAAGCUUGUCCAUCGGUGGCAGUUCGUAGCGGAUAAGCUUCAUGAAGAUCUCUUCAUCAGAAUUAUUCUGAAUAGAGUCAAUUCCACUGAAGAAGGAAAGUCCAACACAACAAUACAAGCCUCAUUCAAUUCAUUGUUUCUUGGUGGGAUUGAUAGGCUUCUUCCAUUGAUACAAGACAGCUUUCCCGAGCUCGGUUUGGUAAAAGAAGAUUGCAUUGAAAUGAGUUGGAUUCAGUCUGUCCUCUACUUCGACGGAUUCCCAAGCAACUCAUCCUUGGAUGUUUUGCUUGAUAGAACUCCUUCAACUAGAAGGAAUUUCAAAGCGAAAUCAGACUACGUCAAGGAACCUAUACCCGAACUUGGAUUGGAGGGGAUAUGGGAAAGGUUCUUCGACAAAGACAUCAACACACCAAUACUGAUCUUCAGCCCUUACGGAGGAAAAAUGAGUGAGAUUUCAGAGUCUAGCAUCCCAUUUCCACAUAGAGCAGGGAACAUAUACAAGAUUCAACACCUAAUAUAUUGGGAUGAAGAGGGGAUUGUGGCAACUAAGAGGCAUAUAAGCUGGAUCAGAAGACUCUACAGUUACUUGGCCCCUUAUGUUUCAAAAACUCCUAGAGCUGCUUAUGUCAAUUACAGAGAUCUUGACAUAGGGAUAAAUAAUCAUGCAGGCAACACAAGUUAUAGACAAGCAAGCAUCUGGGGCCUCAAAUAUUUCAAGAAUAAUUUUGACAGAUUGGUACAUGUGAAGACUGCUGUUGAUCCUGCUAAUUUCUUCAGAAAUGAACAAAGUAUCCCACCUCUAUCUUCUUGGUGA